AUGGGACAUCUUGCCGCCGACGGCCCGUUUGAAAAUGGUCAUAUCGUGGGUCAAAUCGACAGCCUUCAACUGGACGAGGCUUCCGGUUUAGCCGCGAGCAGACGACAUCCGGGUUACUUAUACAGCCACAACGACCACGGCGGGAAGAACCGUCUGUUCAUGAUCAACGCGCAGACAGCGCGAGUGGAGGCCAUCUUGACAAUAAAGAACGCGAACAACCAUGACUGGGAGGACAUAGCCGUGGGUCCCUGUAAUGGCGGUUCAUGCAUAUUCAUCGGCGACAUAGGGGAGGGAAGCAGGCACUCGGCGAACACUAUAUACAGAGUUCUCGAACCUGACAACGUCACCGAUACCGCUUUGGACGUGAAUGGAACGUACAGGUUCAGCUGGGAGGAGAAGGAUUCAGAAACUCUGAUGGUGGAUGUAACCGGAAACAUGUUCAUCGUUUCCAAGGUGAUACACGGGGCGGGAAAACUGGCCAGACUGCCUUCAUCCGGCUGGGACCAGCCUAAUCCGGUUAUCAUCACGCCUCUGUUUAACCUGCACAUCCGCACCAGCCACCACGACCCCAUGGCUGGGGACAUCAGUCCCGACGGGACGGAGAUUCUGAUCAAAGCGAAAAACCACGUCUUCUACUGGAGUGCGCCGGACCGCGAUGUUGAGAAGGCACUGCGCAACUCUGGCGGAACGGAAGUGGCGUAUCAUAGGGAGGUUCUAGGGGAGAGCGUGGCAUUCUCGGCAGAUGGGGGCGGUUAUUACACGCUCGGCGAGGGCCAGCAGGAACCUCUGUACUUUUAUAAAAAGAAGUAAUUUUUUUAAAAAUUAAAUCGAAAUAUGUUACCA